AUGGCCUUAUUUUGGCUUUUGAAACAUUCAGAUGGUUCAGUUCUCCCUGGAGGAUUCCAAAAAAGGGGUGAUAAGAUUAUUAAGUUAGAUUUUAACGCAACAGCCGGUGUAUCUAAUCGUUUUCCAGCAGAUGAACUUGAUAAAAGAGCAAGCGGUGCUGUGAGAUAUCCAUUAGAAAAUCAGGGAAUGAAUUAUUUUGCUGAUAUUUGGGUUGGUUCUAAUGGUGAAAAGAUCAGUGUUGACCUUGAUACAGGGUCAUCAGAUUUAUGGGUCAUUGAUAGUGCUACUGGUUUGAACGCUCCAUAUGGAAGUUAUGAUCGUUCAAGAUCUUCUACCUAUAGAUAUAUCGCCCCAGGGUUCAGCAUCACUUAUGGUGGGGGUGCUACGACUAGUGGUGAUUGGGUUAGUGAUAGAGUAUCAUUAAGUCAAGAUGGAUCAGUUACAAUUCCUGAUUUACAAUUUGCUGAUGCCACCCAAGCUUCUAUUCCUUAUGGUAUUUUUGGUAUUGGAUUAAGAGCUUUAGAAGAUGCUGAUACAAAAUAUGACAAUUUACCUGCUGCUUUGAAGAAGUAUGGAUAUAUUGCCAAAAAUGCUUAUUCAUUAUACUUGAAUAGUAAAGAUGCUGCCAGUGGUUCAGUAUUAUUUGGAGGUAUUGAUCACGCUAAAUAUAGUGGUAAUUUAGUGACUUUACCAAUCACCAGUGCUUAUAGUUUAGAUGUCGAAGUUAAGAGAUUAUCUAUUGGUGGUUAUGCUAUCAAUACUGCAGCUUCAGCCACUUUAGAUUCCGGUACUUCCCUUUCAUACUUACAUCCAGAUAUUGUAGCUCCACUUGCUAAUUCUCUUGGUUUAAAAUAUCAAGAUGGUUCCAGUCCUUUCUACUACUGGGACUCCUGUGAACAAGCUCAAGAUUUAGUUAUUUCUUUCAAUGGUGUUGAUAUUACUGUUCCCAAAGAGUAUAUUGCCGGACAAAUGCAAAACCCUGAUGGAUCUAAUGCCCCAAGUUGUGCUUUCUUGAUUUACCCAGAAACCCGUUUCAAUAUCUUAGGAGAUAACUUCCUUAGAAAUGCAUACGUCGUGUAUGAUUUGGAUGAUAUGCAGAUUUCUUUAGCUCCUGUAAGAUACAAUACUGAGGAGCAGAUUUCAGUGAUUUCUUAG